GCUCUGUCUCGGCAAAGGAGGGUGGCUGCACCAGGCACUAUGGGGAAGGCAGAGAAUUACGAGAUGUACUCAGUAGAGCUGGGUCCUGGCCCUGGUGGGGACAUGGCAGCCAAGAUGAGCAAGAAGAAGGCAGGCAGUAAAGGAGGCAAGAGGAAGGAGAAGCUGGAGAACAUGAAGAAGGAGAUGGAGAUUAACGACCACCAGCUGUCAGUCGCGGAGCUGGAACAGAAAUACCAGACCAGUGCGACCAAGGGCCUGACUGCCAGCCUGGCCGCGGAUCUGCUGCUGCGGGAUGGGCCCAAUGCCCUGCGGCCGCCGCGUGGUACCCCUGAGUAUGUCAAGUUCGCCCGGCAGCUGGCCGGUGGUCUGCAGUGCCUCAUGUGGGUGGCUGCUGCCAUCUGUCUCAUUGCCUUUGCCAUCCAGGCCAGUGAGGGGGACCUCACCACCGACGACAAUCUGUACCUGGCACUGGCCCUCAUCGCCGUGGUCGUGGUCACCGGCUGCUUUGGCUACUACCAGGAGUUUAAGAGCACCAACAUCAUUGCCAGCUUCAAGAACCUCGUGCCCCAGCAAGCAACUGUGAUCCGAGAUGGGGACAAGUUCCAGAUCAAUGCAGACCAGCUUGUGGUGGGCGACCUGGUGGAGAUGAAAGGCGGGGACCGAGUGCCAGCGGACAUCAGGAUCCUCCAGGCCCAGGGCUGCAAGGUGGACAACUCCUCGCUGACUGGAGAGUCUGAGCCACAGACCCGCUCGCCCGAAUGUACACACGAGAGCCCCCUGGAGACCCGCAACAUCGCCUUCUUCUCCACCAUGUGCCUUGAAGGCACGGCACAGGGCCUGGUGGUGAACACAGGUGACCGCACCAUCAUUGGGCGCAUUGCAUCGCUGGCAUCGGGAGUAGAAAAUGAGAAGACCCCCAUCGCUAUUGAAAUCGAACAUUUCGUGGACAUCAUCGCAGGCCUGGCCAUCCUCUUCGGCGCCACAUUUUUUGUGGUGGCCAUGUGCAUUGGCUACACCUUCCUGCGGGCCAUGGUCUUCUUCAUGGCCAUUGUGGUAGCCUACGUGCCCGAGGGGCUGCUGGCCACUGUCACGGUCUGCCUGUCCCUGACAGCCAAGCGACUGGCCAGCAAGAACUGUGUCGUCAAGAACCUGGAAGCAGUGGAGACACUGGGUUCCACAUCAGUGAUCUGCUCUGACAAGACAGGGACCCUCACUCAGAACCGCAUGACUGUGUCCCAUCUCUGGUUUGACAACCACAUCCAUUCGGCUGACACUACGGAAGACCAGUCAGGGCAGACGUUUGACCAGUCCUCGGAGACGUGGCGGGCGCUAUGCCGCGUGCUAACGCUGUGCAACCGCGCUGCCUUCAAGUCGGGCCAGGACGCGGUGCCGGUGCCCAAGCGCAUCGUGAUCGGGGACGCGUCCGAGACUGCGCUGCUCAAGUUCUCGGAGCUGACCCUAGGCAACGCCAUGGGCUACCGUGAGCGCUUCCCCAAAGUCUGCGAGAUCCCCUUCAACUCCACCAACAAGUUCCAGCUGUCCAUCCACACACUGGAGGACCCGCGGGACCCCCGGCACGUGCUGGUGAUGAAGGGCGCCCCUGAGCGCGUGUUGGAACGCUGUAGCUCCAUCCUCAUCAAGGGCCAGGAGCUGCCGCUGGACGAGCAGUGGCGGGAGGCUUUCCAGACUGCCUACCUUAGCCUGGGAGGCCUGGGUGAACGCGUGCUUGGAUUCUGCCAGCUCUACCUGAGUGAGAAGGACUACCCUCCCGGCUACGCCUUCGAUGUGGAGGCCAUGAACUUUCCAACUAGUGGCCUGUGCUUUGCGGGACUUGUAUCCAUGAUAGAUCCGCCCCGGGCCACCGUCCCUGAUGCUGUGCUCAAGUGCCGCACAGCAGGCAUCCGGGUGAUCAUGGUGACAGGUGACCACCCCAUCACAGCCAAGGCCAUUGCAGCCAGUGUGGGUAUCAUUUCAGAAGGCAGCGAGACAGUGGAGGACAUCGCUGCCCGCCUCCGCGUGCCUCUGGACCAAGUUAAUAAGAAGGAUGCCCGUGCCUGCGUCAUCAAUGGCAUGCAGCUGAAGGACAUGGACCCGUCUGAGCUGGUGGAGGCACUGCGUACUCACCCCGAGAUGGUGUUUGCUCGCACCAGUCCCCAGCAGAAGCUGGUGAUUGUGGAGAGCUGCCAGCGACUGGGUGCAAUCGUGGCUGUGACAGGGGAUGGCGUGAACGACUCCCCAGCCCUGAAGAAGGCAGACAUCGGCGUGGCCAUGGGCAUUGCUGGCUCGGAUGCUGCCAAAAAUGCGGCUGACAUGAUCCUGCUGGAUGACAACUUUGCCUCCAUUGUGACGGGCGUGGAGCAGGGCCGGCUGAUCUUUGAUAACCUGAAAAAGUCCAUCGCCUACACAUUGACCAAGAACAUUCCAGAGCUGACGCCGUACCUCAUUUACAUUACUGUCAGUGUGCCCCUGCCCCUCGGCUGCAUCACUAUCCUCUUCAUAGAACUCUGCACUGACAUCUUCCCAUCUGUGUCCCUGGCAUAUGAGAAGGCAGAGAGUGACAUCAUGCAUCUGCGUCCCCGGAACCCAAAGCGCGACCGAUUGGUCAACGAGCCCCUGGCUGCCUACUCUUACUUCCAGAUCGGUGCCAUCCAAUCAUUUGCCGGCUUCACUGACUACUUUACGGCCAUGGCCCAGGAGGGCUGGUUCCCAUUGCUGUGUGUGGGGCUGCGGCCAUACUGGGAGAAUCACCACCUACAGGAUCUGCAGGACAGCUAUGGCCAGGAGUGGACGUUCGGGCAGCGCCUGUACCAGCAGUACACCUGCUACACCGUGUUCUUCAUCAGCAUCGAGAUGUGCCAGAUCGCUGAUGUCCUCAUCCGCAAGACACGCCGCCUCUCUGCCUUCCAGCAGGGCUUCUUCAGGAACAGGAUCCUGGUGAUUGCCAUCGUGUUCCAGGUCUGCAUCGGCUGCUUCCUGUGCUACUGCCCCGGAAUGCCCAACAUCUUCAACUUCAUGCCCAUUCGGUACCAGUGGUGGCUGGUCCCCAUGCCCUUUGGCCUCCUCAUCUUCGUCUAUGACGAGAUCCGGAAACUUGGAGUUCGCUGUUGCCCAGGGAGCUGGUGGGAUCAGGAGCUCUACUACUAGAGGGACCGCGGCCUUCAAGCCAUCCUUGCAUCCCCCACAGCAGAGGUGGGGGGCACGGGACCCUUUGGGCAGCCACCGGAACAUCAAGCAAUCAAGAGCCCUAGCACCGCCUGUGUCUGCUCCUGCAGCCCAUGGCACCCCAACUUUGCGGGACAUCCCCACUCCCCUUCCCCAUCCGCGGAGAGCUUCCCCCCGUGGCAGAGCAGUCCUUGGGCCCAGUCCUCUGAGGGGGUGGGGGCUUCAGGAGGGAGUGGGAGCUUGCGGCUCCUGUGAAGGGGGGCCGUCCUUAGCACUCCAGGCUGGCAAGAGGGCUGCCUGGGGCUCUUCUUCCAACACACUUGUGCUGCGUGAUAGUAAUAAACCAGCUCACAUUGACUAUGCUUU